ACCAAACACCCGUAGCCUCCGCCGAGAGUCGCAGCCGCCGACACCCAGUCGCCCACCGAGGCACCGACCCGACCCCAACCUUGGAGCUGCUGUGCCCCGGCGGUCCGUCUCUGGCCAGAGCUCCGCCACCGCCCGCCGAUCAGAGCUCCGCCUCCGAGACGACGCGCCUCCCCCCAGUGGCUCAGGCCGCCUGCCCGCCUGGCAGGACGCCGCGCCGAGCUCUUUCCCGGCAGCUGCUCGCCCGCGCCGAUCUUUUCUUCGGCAACCGCGCGCCCGCGUCGAGCUCCUCCCCGUCCCCGGCAGCCGCGCGCCAGCGCCGAGCUCCUCCCCGCGGAUCCGCCUCUGCUCAGUCUGAGCUCCGGCCAGCCGCGAGCUCCGUCGAGGCGUCGACGCCGAGGCCCAGCUCCGCCCGUGAGUGCCUGUGCCGGAUUCAGCAAACAGAAAUUUGCUCUGCUGGUUAGAUAGAUGGAGGUGCCAAUGAACACCACGCAAUCUGGUCCUCACUUCCCUGUGCAGCAUCGGUCCCUCUCGUUAGACAUCAAGGGAAAUAAAACAGAUAUUGUUAUCAAUAAAUACGAAGAUACCUUUCUGGUGAUUGUGACCCAAAUCGGCUGCAUGGGAACCAUACUAGCUGCCAAGAAAGAUGAAAGUGUUUUCUCCGACCCAACCUACAACGUGUCUGUUCUUUUUGGGAAGAGAGAUGAGCCACUCCUACUAGCUUGCGCACGUCAACUUAUUGAGCACAUAAGUGGCUCAGCCCGGUCAUUGGUGAUUUCUCUGGGUCUGAAAGAUCAUUCUCAGGGAACGCUGAAGGAUAUUACUGUAGCUGUGAUCGAGAAUCGCCUUUGGUGAUGAUUGAAUAGCUGAGCUGGGCAUGGGAACGCUGAAAGAUACUGUUUAGCAUUGCGCAAUAGGAGCCAUCGUUUAUACCAUGCACUAAAUUCUGGUACUUUUGUAGUUAGACCUUCUAUCUACUGGGAUUAACAAAAGGUGGGUUUAAGCUGCUGUCAAAAUUGGAGUGUCAACUUUAACGCUAAACAAAAGGCAAUGUACACUGGUAAAGCACUUCUGAGUCGAAUCAUGAUUUUCGAGGCUAUCUGACAAUUUCAGCUAUC